CACAGUGAUCCACAUGGAGAGCGCCGCAAGAGCUGAGCCUGUCUGCAACCACACAGAUGCCUGGGAGUGGGUUCACACCAUGCAGCCUGCGUACAUGUCCGUCAUAUUCCUCCUCGGCGUGGUGGGCAACUCCUUCGUUCUUUGUGUGUUCUGUCUCCAGAAGAAGCGCAGCUCGGUGGCCGACAUCUACCUGAGCAACCUGGCGGCGGCUGAUCUCCUCAUGGUUUCCUGCCUGCCGUUCUGGGUAGCAACCAUUAUCAACAAGUUCCACUGGAGGUUCGGGGAGCCCAUGUGCCAGCUUAUCAACAUCGUCAUUGGGAUGAAUUAUUAUUGCAGUGUGUUGUUCCUUACUCUUGUGAGCGUGGACCGAUACCUGGCCCUCACUAGACCUCUUACCCAGGGGAGGGAGAGACGGGCCUGCUGGGCUCGGAGGAUCUGCUUCGGUAUCUGGGUUGUUGGGAUCUUUCUCAGCUUCCCCGCUUUCCUCUUCCGCUCCGUCCAGUUCUUCCCUGAUCUGGGCAUUGAUGCGUGCUUCAUAGCGUAUCCACAUGACGGCUGGAAACUGCGCUACAACUUGACUGUCAGCAUCGUAGGCUUCCUCAUCCCUGUUCCCACUGUGUCCUUCUGUAGCUACCACAUCGCUAAGGUCCUCCAGCGCAGCCAGAAGAUUAAAAAAGGCAGCAGCGGCAGCGCGGAGAGGAAGGCCGCGCGCCUCGUUCUCGUCGUUCUGGUUGUUUUUGUUCUCUGCUGGCUGCCCUACCAGGUCCUGAUCUUCUUGGACACCCUGGAUCAUUACGGAGUUGUCUCCGGAUGUACUUGGGCCUACGUUUUGGACAUUGGAAACCAGUUGGCAACUUACCUUGGCUAUAGCAACAGCUCAUUGAAUCCUUUCCUGUAUGUGAUUGUCGGGAAGCACUUUAAGCAAAGGGCAAGGGAAGUGUUUAGAUUAGUGCUGUGCAGGAGGAAAAGGCAAUGGGGGAAGUCCGGUCAUUCUAUUGCUAACCUCAACUCAACAAAACAAACAGAGAGCACUAAAUUCUAA